UCCCAGUCCCAGACAGUGGUCCUCGCGGAGGAGAUGACAACUAGAAGAUUGCCUGGGACUUGUGGAGUGCGAAAUAUUUUGUUUUUAGUAAAGGAAUAAUUCUGGGUUCAAUGAAUUUACAAUUCCUAACCAGUGAUGAGCUGGCUGCUAAAGUGGAUUCUUAUAGCAGCAGGGAUUCAACAGGCCUACUCCCAGACCCAGAUUUCCACUGCCAUGCUGCCCCUAGCAGAAUCCACAGACCUAGAGCCAUACAACCGGACCCAGUACUGCCACUGGCCCUGUGAGUGCCCCCUGGUCCCCCAUUCCUGCCCUUCAGGGGUGAGCUUGCUCAUGGAUGGCUGUGACUGCUGCAAGGCCUGCGCCAGGCAGGUGGGGGAGGAGUGCAACGAGGCAGACACUUGUGACUACCAUAAGGGAUUGUACUGCGAUUACAGCUCAGACAAGCCUAGGUACGAAAAAGGAGUGUGUGCAUAUAUGGUUGGCGUGGGCUGCGAGCAUGAUGGUGUGAUCUACCGGAAUGGGCAGAGCUUCAAACCCAGCUGUAAAUACCAGUGUCUGUGUGUGAACGGGGCCAUCGGGUGCGUGUCACUGUGUACGGACUCCCAGCCCCCCCGGGUGUGGUGCCAGAACUCAAGGAGGGUCAAGAUCCCAGGACGCUGCUGUGAACAGUGGAUCUGUGACGAGCCCAAGAAGGGGAGGAAGACUGCUCCAAGACAUGCAGUGGAAGCUCUUCCUGUUGAGGUGAAGGGCCAGAGCAGGAACUGUGUGAUCCAGACAACCUCCUGGAGUAUCUGCUCUAAGACUUGUGGUCGAGGUCUGUCCCUGCGUGUCUCUAAUGCUAACGACAGGUGUGAGAUGGUAAAAGAGUCCCGCCUCUGCAACAUACGGCCCUGUGAGGUGGACAUCACCAAGCACAUCAAGCCAGGGAAGAAUUGUAUGAACAUCUACAGAGAAGAGAAGCCAAAAAACUUUACCAUCUCAGGCUGUGUCAGUAAGAAGUCUUACAGGCCUAAAUACUGUGGGGUCUGCGUGGCCACGGACCAUCGCUGCUGCAUUCCCUACAAGUCCAAGACCAUCGAUGUGGAGUUUCUGUGUCCCAACGGUGCCGUGUUCAUCUGGCAAGUCAUGUGGAUCAACGCCUGCUUCUGUAACCUCAGCUGCAAGAACCCCAAUGACAUCUUCGCUGAGCUGGAGAAUUACUAUGGCUACCCUGAGAUCGUGAACUGAGACAUUUCAAUAAUAAGCCAUGCUCUUAUUAUGGGCUCUAUUCAAUCAGAUCUGCUUAGCCAACAUCCGCAUAGCAGUUAUUUUGAUGGUGUUAGAGGUGGAACUGCUUUAGAGCUGUCAAGCCACAAGUGGCUCCCGGUAUUAUACCUAAAGCGGACAUUGCCAUCGGCUGCACGGAGGCACAUGAACAGCCACAGGAAUGUACACCUCCAUUAUCAUGAUAGAAAUGCGUAUUAUUUAGUUUUAAUGAUUUUAAAUUUGAGCGUCAUUAUUUCUAUAUAGCCUACACUUUCUCCUUCUGAACUUCUAACGGGAGUGUGACGGGUGUGGAUUUGUGACAAUGGUCGCAUGUGUAGCUGCUCACCGAUUUGCAUUUCGAUCUCUGAAACAUCCACUAUGCAGGUGUCUGCUAUCGCUGGUUAAUGCCUGAUCUAAUUGAUCCUAGGCCUAAGCCUCCAUCUACCCCUAUUUUCACCUACUUUUCCUUUUCUCAAUGUUUUUUUGUUUGUCAGACUUUCAGAAACUCUGUUUUAUAUGUGAAUUUAUUUUAUACAUAGAGGCCGGUAUUCAAUCUAAGGCACGUUUUAGAACAACGCUCCAUACAGCAGACAGUCCGCCUUUUAAAGGCAAUUUCCCCAGCAUUCACAGAGAUGGCAUUCAGUCCAUUCAGUCCAUCCAUUCAGUCCAUCCAUUCAGUCCAUCCAUUCAGUUUCAUCCAUUCAGUUUCAUCCAUUCAGUCCAUCCAUUCAGUCCAUCCAUUCAGUUUCAUCCAUUGGAUUGAAUUCCAGACAAAGCAGUUUUUCUUACAAGGGGAUCUUUCUUUUGCUUUUUUUCCUAUUGGAAAAAUGUGUAAAUCAAUAUUUUUUGUUUGUUUUUUUUAGCUCAUCUUUAUAUGGUUGCUUUCGGAAAUAGUUUAUUGACUUACAAGUAAACCAAGUGUGUGAAAUAUUUUAGUUAUAAUUUAUUGAAGUACAUUUUUGAAUACUAAAUGAUUGAACAAAUUGUUUGUCAUACAGGUAUUUUUAUAUUAACAGUAACAAGUUUCAUGAAAUCUCGUUCAUACUCAUGUAAAGAUUGUUCAAUUCAGAGCC